CAUCGCCCCCCACACAUCCUUCAUAGCAAAGCCACCUACCUCCGUACUCUCUUCUCUUCCUCUCUUCCACCGUCUCUCCUCCUCCUAACCUUGAUCUGUGCCAUGGCAGACUCGUUUGUUGACCCAAUCGUCGAUAAGAUCUUCGAAGCUUGCUCUGUUUACCUUAAAGAUCAAUAUAGAUGGCAGACGGGCAUGAAGGAGGAGCUUGAAAGGCUGCGAGAGAACCAGCCCAAGAUCCGAGCUGUUGUCUAUGCUUACACCCGAGCACAGAUCAGAGAUCGCAACCCGGAACUUAACAGCUGGAUCUGGCAGCUACGAGAUGCCAUCGAUGAGGCAGAGACUUUGAGUACUGACUUUGAGUACGAGAAGCUUGAAGAACAGCUUACCAGAAACAAGAAGCAGCAAAAGGUUGUGAAGGUUGUGAAGAAAAUUGGCAAACGUGCUCUCAAGAGGGAUCCCAAUUUGAAGAGACUGCAGAAGGUUGUGAAGAAACUUGAUAAAGUUUCGGCUGAGGUCAGUACUAGUACUUUCCUUCAUCUCAUCGAAAACACAAAGCAGGAGCAGCAGGAGCAGGAGCUUCAGUUGGGCAAAGAUCGUGAAACAGGAUGCUUGCCUAAAAAUGUUCUCAUCGGUCGAGGCGAGGACAAAGAUUUUUUUAUGCGGUGGUUGAGGAAGACAACAAAUGAAGAUCCAACUCAUAUUGCUUGCCCUACUUUGUAUAAAAACAUUUCUCUUCUAUCCAUAGUGGGUCACGGUGGCAUGGGCAAGACAACUCUCUUACAACACAUCUAACACAUCUAUGAAGAUCGAAGACUGAAAGAAGAAUUUGAACUGAAAAUGUGGGUUUGUGUUUCCAACCACUUUGAUGCAAAAAAGAUCAUUGCCGAUAUGUUGGGAUAUCUUAACAAGGAGAGGCCUCGUUCGGAAUCACUUGCUGCCUUUCAAGAGAGUCUUAAAGCUGUCGUGCAAUCGAAAAGGUUUUUGCUUGUUCUGGAUGACGUUUGGGAGGAGGAAGAUAUGAACAAAUGGGAAAAUGUACUCUGCCCUCUAGUUUACGGAGGUUUGGAAAGUAAAAUUUUGCCGACUACCCGGAUGGAUAAAGUUGCAUCGAUGAUUGCAAAUGUGGUUAGUAAGGAUAAAGAAAUUUAUUCAUUAAAGGGCUUGGAGGAAGAUGUGUGUUUGAAGCUACUCAACACCCAUGCAUUUGCUGGUGUAGAAAUCAUUGGUGCUCAUAAGAAACUAACAUAUAUUUCUAAUUUGAUAGUUAAAAAGCUUUCAGGAUCUCCGUUGGCAGCGAAGGUCAUCGGUGGUGUUCUCAAUUCUAACUUGAAUGAGAGCUUUUGGAUGAACAUUUUAAAUAGUCCUGGUGUUCUAAACGUAGAACCAGAACCAGGUCGCAAUAACAUUUUGCCAAUCUUAAGAUUGAGUUUUACAUUCCUCUCACAACUUCUACAAAAUUGUUUUGCAUUUUGUGGCAUAUUCCCACAUGAUCAUGAGUUUGAUAAAGAUGAUUUAGUCCGAAUGUGGAUUGCAUUGGGUUUCAUUCAGGAAUCUUCUAUUGAAGGAGAGACUUUGGAAGAUAUUGGAGGAAUGUAUUUUGAUGUUUUGGUCAGAAAAUCUUUCUUUGACGAGUUUCAGGAUGACAAGAGAAUAUAUUAUAAGAUGCAUGAUUUAUUACAUGAUUUGGCACAGUCUGUUUCUUCAGAAGAUUGUUAUAGAUUCAUAGGAGAUAAUGUUUCCUCAUUUAAACUUACUAUAAAUGUUCGACACUUAUUUGUUAGAACUGGAAAUGCAGAAGUGUUCAGAAUGAUCAAAGAUGUUAAAAAUCUACAUUCACUUUUUAUUAUCAAAAGAAACGUUGGUCCAAGUUCUACUGAAAUACUUACUAAAAUUUUCAAGGAAUCAAGUAGCAUCCGUUUGUUAUUCAUAUGGUUUCCAUGGCAGAAAAUGAUGCCUGAAGCUAUUGAAAACUUGAAACAUCUUCGAUAUUUGAAUCUUACUGCAAAUCUCACUCAGAUGCCAAGAUCUCUAAGCAGUCUUUAUCAUUUGCGGUUCAUAAUCUAUAAUAAAGGGCUUCAGCGAUCUUGCUCUGAUGAUUUCUUUCGUGGCGAUUUGAGCAAUCUUUCUAAUCUGCGUCAUUUGGAAUUGCCCCUGAAUGCAUUUUCUAGUACUGAAUAUUUUCUUAUACCUGGAAUUGGGAAAUUAAGGUCACUUCAAGAACUAAAUGCGUUUAAUGUUAAGAAUGAGAAUGGUUAUAGAAUUGGGGAGUUGGAACAUAUGAGCGAGUUGCGCAAAUUAAAAAUACAUUUUCUGAAAAAUGUGCUGGAUGCUAGAGAGGUUUGCAAGGCAAAAAUAUGUGAAAAGAGAAAACUCACGGAUUUAUUCUUGAAUUGGGGCAAUACUGUUGAUGAAUUGAACUCAGACAUGGGAGUUGGAAGCCUACGGAGCAUUAUCAAUUCUGACUUAGAUCUGAAUGUGCUUGAAAAUCUUAAACCAUACAAAAAUAUAAAGAGUUUGUCCAUAUUUUCAUACAAGGGUGUAUGCUCUGCAAAAUGGAUGAACAAUGCAGAUUUGAUCUCCAAUAUAGAGUACAUCAAUCUGAACGGGUGCUCGGAGUGGGAAACCCUUCCUCCUUUUGGGCAGCUUCCCCACCUCAAGUCUCUGUACCUUUGUAACAUGCCAAAGGUAAAGCAGCUUGAUAAUAAAUUCAGUGGGAAUAACAAUAUUUGUGUGUUUCCAGCGCUUGAGGUUCUACAUAUGGAGGGAUUACAAGUAUUGGAGGAUUUGUUUGAUAAAGCAGGAGCAGCAGCAGAUGACUGUUUCUUUCCUUGCUUGACAGAACUCUUUCUCGUUAACUGCCCAAAUCUGCAGGAGUUGUGCUAUUUGCCUCCUAAGCUCAAGAACAUGCAUAUAGAAAAAGUUGGAUGGAAAGCUGCUUUGAAGUGCACUAAAGGCUCCAACAACUGUUGCAGCAUUUCAAAAUCCAUUCCCCUUGAAAGUUUAGAGGUCCUUUCGUGCCCAAACAUCACAUCUCCUCUUCAGGCGAAUGCAAGACUUGAAGCACUGAGAAAAUUGAGAAUUGAAGGUUGCCCCAAUCUGAUUUCUCUCGGUGGACUGCUGCAAGUGGAGAGUGGCAUUGAGACAUUCCAGCUUGUUCUCAGUGAAGUUGUUAUAGAUGACUCAUCCUUGUUGGCAACGGCAAGUAUCGCCUCCUUGGAAAAGCUCACAAUUUGUAAUGAUGAUGUGCUGCAGUCUCUCCCUUCCUUCUUGGAACGCCUCUCUUCACUUAAGAUUCUAUGCGUCGUAAAAGUUCCUCAGCUCCAGCAGCUUCUACACAUCCCCGCCUCCCGGAAAGAAUUACGUCUUGAAUACCUGGAAUCAUUGCAGUGCCUGCCAACGUGUUUGUCGACCUUCUCAUUCCUCAACCGUCUAGAGUUAAAUAGCAUUCCACUCCUCAAAUCAUUGCCAGACCUCCCUUCCUCCUUGGAUUCACUGUUUCUAAGUAAGCUUGAUAAUCUAGAGUGCCUGCCAUCUUCUUUGUCGGCCAUCUCAUCCCUCAAGUUUCUAGAAUUAGAUAACAUUCCACUCCUCAAAUCAUUGCCAGAACUCCCGCUCUCUUUGUAUGAUCUGACUCUACAUAAUCUAGGUAACCUACAGUGCCUGUCAUCUUCUUUGUCGGCCAUCUCAUCCCUCAACCAUCUAUCGUUAGUUAGCAUUCCACUCCUCAAAUCAUUGCCAGAAUCUCAAAUCAUUGCCAGACCUCCCUUCCUCCUUGGAUUCAAUAGCAGUAAUAAAUUGUCAUCCAGAGUUGAGGGAGCGUUAUAA